GUAUCGCCCAUCAACGUAGCCGACUUGUUUUCGUUCUGUCUCUUUCUUCCAGUAUUUCCAGUUUAAAAGUACGAUUUGUUGUCCUUAUCCUUAUUCUUAACCAGUGUUUUUAAUAGUGAAGUCGUGGAGUGUUAAUUUGUGUGUGACAAUAAUGUUAUCUCCUAAGAGUUUAGCAAUGAACAGGACAAGCCGAGAAUUGUUUAAAGAAAUUAGGCGUCACAUCAGCAAAACGUCUAGCGUCCCAAAUAGCGAUGCUGUUUCUAGGCAGGAUAGUAAAUUAGGAAUUAAUCUCGAGUUAAAGGGGUCAGAUCCCAGAACUGCCAGUGAAAAAUGGUCCAUACACAGCAGACACAAUAAUAUAAGGGCUCUGUCCACAAUACAAACGAAAGUGAAACCUGCCGUUACGAAUGCCCCAGUUUUCUCUAAAGAAGAGAGUAGAGACUUUAUGGCGGUAUUUCCGGACAUCGUCCGAGAUUUGACAGACGCCGGUCGUCAUACAGACAUUCCCGAAGUAACUAAACGUUUCGCUAAAGUCUUACAAUACAAUGUACCUACGGGAAAGAAGACCAGAGGUCUUUCCACUGUGAUUGCCUACAAAAUGUUAGAAAAACCAGAGAAUUUAACGCCCGAGAACGUCAGGCUAGCUAAUAUCCUGGGAUGGUGUGUAGAAUUGCUUCAGUCCUACUUCCUUAUAUCCGAUGAUAUAAUGGAUCGUUCAGAAUUUCGUAGAGGACAACCAUGCUGGUAUAAAAACGACGGAGUCGGUCUUCUAGCAGUUAACGAUGGAAUCCUAGUCGAAAAUAGCAUUUACUCGAUAUUAAGAAGAUACUUCUCAUCACUACCAUGCUAUGUGCCCAUUUUAGAGCUCUUCCAUGAUGUCACUUUCAAAACUGCAAUGGGACAAUCUUUAGAUUGUCUCUGUUUAAAAGAUGGAAAACCUUUAUUGGAUCAGUUUACCAUGAAAAGAUACAAUUCCAUAGUUAAAUAUAAGACUUCCUAUUAUAGUUUUCAAUUACCAGUAUCACUGGGAAUGUACCUGGCUAAUAUGUACGAUGAAGAACAACAUAGACAAGCUAAAACGAUUUUAUUGGAGAUUGGAGAAUUUUUCCAAAUUCAGGACGAUUUCUUAGAUGUUUUUGGCGACUCUAGUGUUACUGGUAAAAUAGGAACUGACAUAAAAGAUGGAAAAUGUUCUUGGUUAGCUGUAGUAGCUUUACAAAGAGCAUCUCCAGCCCAGAGAAAGAUCAUGGAAGAGCAUUAUGGUCGCCCUGAAGAAGAAUCGAUCCAAACCAUUAAACAGUUAUAUGGAGAAUUAGCUCUUCCAGCAACUUUCUCGAUUUAUGAAGAAGAAAGCUUUAAUAUUAUUAAAACUCAUAUUCAUCAAAUUUCUAAAGGACUACCCCAUGACUUGUUUUUUAAAACUAUGAAAAAAAUUUACAAACGGGAUUGUUAAAGAGUUCUCCUAUUUAUUUGUUAUAUCUUUGAAAAAUAACCUGUUUGUAAACGAGUUUCGAAUUUAGUAUUACCAAAAGCAAUUUAGUGUUUUGUGUGAUUAAAAUGAAUAUUAAACCAGUUUCCAUUUUUAUAAUUUGUAGUCAUAACUUUUUUAAAUAUAUUUAAAGCAUUUAAUUGUAUUUAUAGAGAUUUAUCACAUAUUUAUAUGUAGUGAAUUACUAAUGUAAAACUAUAUUCUUUUACAGUGGUCAGUUUUGAAAUAUAAUUUUCUUAAAGUAAUCCCUUAAGAGAAUAAGUAUGUGCUUACUAUGGCCUUUGCUAUUAUAUAGUAUUUUUUGUUUUAGUAGGUAAAUACUUGAUAUUGUUUUUUGUUUUAUAUUAGUGAUAUAAAAUGUAUUUACUAAAAAUGGGAAAUAAAAAUACUCUUUUAUGGAAUAUGUGAACUUGCAAAAAUUUGAAGAAAUUAUCAUUAUUCUAUUCUUUAUGAGAUGUAUGUUAAAAAUAAGAUACUUUUAGUUUCGUGUCUGACCUUUUUUAGUAAACGAAAAUGUUCA